GCUAGAAGGCACCAGGUGUUCACUUCAUAUGCCAAUGUACUACUGCUUUUGGUCAUCAGCUUACAAACCCAUUUCCCCCAGCUUUAACUAUGCAGGCUCAAAAAGACGGUAGAGCGACAACCUCGUGCACAGAGUGCCAACGGCGAAAGCAAAAGUGCUCGCGCGAAUGGCCAUGUAACCAUUGUCAAGCAAGGAAGGUCGCUCAUCUGUGCCAGUUCGCUAUCAAAAAGUCGCAGCAUGAGUCUUCAACAGACUCUGUACGGGAGAGUCUUGAUGAGGGUAGAUUGCAGAAAAGAAGUCGUCCUGAUUCUCCAUCAGCUGAUGAUGUUGCUACUCUCCCGCAUAACAGCGAGGUUGAUCAGCGGGCUGAGGACAGUCUAAAGGUUUGGGGCUAUAUGCCAGGUCAUGUGCAUUGGAAAGUCGGUACCGUCGAUACCACUUCUCCAAGGAAAGAAGCGCCUUCAGAAGGCUCAGCAGCAGGAAUCGUCGAGCAUAUACUGCACGCUGUGCCGCCAAGAUCGAUCACUGACGCAUUCAUCAACCACUUCCUGAACGUGGUCAACUACCGAUAUUGCGCGAUCUAUGCUCCAGUUUUUACAGAUUGUUACGUAAAGUGGUGGGCUGAUCGAGCUGGAGGUAGACAACUGUCUCCAGAGUUCACUUGUCUACUUCUUAGAGUUUGCGCGUACUCUGUCCAAUAUCUCACACCAUCUUUACGGAAGAUGAUCGAGUUUGAGCUAGCUUGUAACCUGCAACAGCUCACCGAGCGCUUCUCAAACGCUGCGGAGCAGCUCAGUCAGAGUUUUACGGCUUCCAGCACAUGCAUCGAACGUGUUCAAGAGCAAUUCCUGAAAGGAGCAUGGCUCAAGUCAGAGUCUAAAAUCGUUGAGUCAUGGCAUGCGCUGGGUUGUACGAUACGCGAGGCACAAGAGCUGGGCAUCGACAGAGAUGCUCACAUUGAGGGGCUGAGCGAAUUCGAAAUCGAGAUCCGGAGGAGGAUAUGGGCUCUGUUGUAUAUCUGGGAUUGGCAAAUGGGGGCUUGGCUAGGACGACCAAAUCUCAUUGACCAGAAGAAUCUUAACUUCAAGUUACCGAACUUGAGGUUAGACCAGUCAACCUCCAACCGAGACUUACUGUCGCCAUUCGCACACAUGGCCCUUCAAGCAAAUCUCGGCCGACGAGUAAACACUCUCAUGGGCGAUGCGCGGUCUGUAGACGCCCUGUCCGCUAAUGAGAUCAUCAACAUAGAACACGAGCUGGAUGAAUUUAUCAACGAGCUCCCCGCCGUUUUCCGGAUCCGUGGUCCAGAUACCUCAUUCGAUGUCGAGCAUCCAUACUUCGUCCUUCAACGUCAUCAGCUCCAUACUGUGCUAUAUGUAACCAAGCUCGAUUUUUUGAAGCCAUUCCUUACACGAGAUCGAAAUGAUAAGAAGACCGAUCAAGACGAUGAGUUACGAGCCAUGGGCAUAAGACUGGCUCUUGAACUUCUCGCCGUUGCCCGACGCCUUUUCGAUCACGAGUUUCCUAUCAAUGCCAAGUUCCAUAUGGUCGUGUUCUCUAUCUUCGACACCUCAACAGUCCUAUGCUCUGCCAUCAUCCACGAUCGCGAAAGGCGUUUACCUCAACGAGAUCAAGUGCUAAGCGCCAUCGAGAGUUCUCUCGGUAUGCUGCACCAACUCAGUCUAAUCACGAAGCUCGGUGCAUCAUCCUUCGCCUUCCUUUACAAGCUGGUCCAAAGUCAUCCUGAAUUGUCACGUGGUACUGGGAGUGUCAAGCGGCCGCGAAAACAGUCUUUGAGUUCUCUUCACUCUCUCGAGCCUCCGCCACUUGUACAUCAUUCGUCCUCACGAGAUUCCGCCACCAGCGUGAUCGAUCCACCUUUCCAGGUGUCAGUUGCCCCACUAGACCCAUCACGAACAUCUAUACCCUUGGAGCCGACAUCUACAACAUCACUCCACACCGACCUCACAUUUGAUCUUGAUCAGUUCCUUGUGCAACAUCCUCUUGGAACUGCAACGGAUCUGGAUAUUGGUGGGAUAGAACAAAUUUGGGACUGGGAAGACCUGAAUUUAAGUCAGUUUCCCUGUUAGUCAUGAGCGAAGAUGUAGUUGACUGGCUGUUCUCGAAACGUGAGACUAGACACUGCUCGGUUAUCUACUACCCUAAGCUAUGCUUAUACGCCACAGAGUUUGGUGUCACAACAUUUUCAGGCGUCUGUCGAGCUCCAUUGAAAGUCUGUGGAAGGGGGGGGGGCUCA